AUGACCACCAAUCCAUCAUCUGUUGCUUCUCAAGGGUCGGGCAGAACGUUUCCACACCAGCAUUCGGGCUCUGCCUCGAACAAGAGGAGCGUCCAGGCUGCCUUUGAAGAUCCGACCGACCGCGGUGCCUUUGGCCCGGUUGGCUAUCAGUCCAAGGUCCGGGUGAUCGACCGGUACAAGGUCAUCGGCUUCAUUAGCUCUGGGACAUAUGGCCGCGUAUACAAGGCGGUUGGCCGGCAGGGCCAGGCUGGGGAAUUUGCCAUCAAGAAAUUCAAGCCGGAUAAGGAGGGCGAGGUGGUGACCUAUACGGGCAUCUCGCAGUCGGCGGUGCGUGAGAUGGCCCUUUGCAGCGAGCUGUCGCACGCCAGCGUCAUCAAGCUACACGAGAUCAUCCUUGAGGACAAGUGCAUCUUCAUGGUCUUCGAAUACGCCGAGCACGACCUGCUGCAGAUCAUCCACCACCACACCCAGCAGCCGCGCCACCCCGUCCCGCCCGCCACUAUCAAGAGCAUCAUGUUUCAGCUCUUCAACGGCUGCCAGUACCUCCACUCCAACUGGGUCCUGCACCGCGACCUCAAGCCCGCCAACAUCAUGGUUACCUCCGCGGGCGAGGUCAAGAUAGGCGAUCUCGGCCUGGCCCGCAUGUUCCAGAAGCCCCUGCACAGCCUGUACAGCGGCGACAAAGUUGUCGUCACCAUCUGGUACCGCGCCCCCGAGCUGCUACUGGGCUCCCGCCACUACACCCCCGCCAUCGACAUGUGGGCCCUCGGAUGUAUCUUUGCCGAGCUGCUGAGCCUGCGGCCCAUCUUUAAGGGCGAGGAGGCCAAGAUGGACAGCAAAAAGACUGUGCCCUUCCAGCGGAACCAAAUGCAGAAGAUUGUCGACAUCAUGGGCCUGCCCACUAAGGAGAGAUGGCCGCUCCUGGUGCAUAUGCCCGAGUACCAGGCUCUGCAGCAGCUGACGCCGCCAGUGCCACCCCAUGGUGGCCACCACGGGCGUGGACAACAUCACCACCACGGCGGCAGCAGCAGCCACCACCACCACCACCACUCCUCCAGCUCCUCUCCCUCCCAUCAGCAGCAGCCAUCCUCGAGCCACCUAGAGAAGUGGUACUACAGCAUUCUCAACACGAGCACCGGUACAUCCCAGCCCGCCCCCAACGGUGGGCCCACCUCGCUGGUUAGCCUGGGCCAGGAAGGGUAUAAGCUGCUUGCGGGCCUGCUCGAGUACGACCCUGAGAAGAGGUUGACCGCAGCCCAGGCGCUGCAGCACCCCUUCUUCACCACGGGGCCCGACCGCCCCAGCACCAACUGUUUCGAGGGCCUAAAGAUGGAGUAUCCGCACCGCCGCGUUAGCCAGGACGACAACGACAUCCGCACGAGCAGCCUGCCAGGCACAAAGAGGAGCGGCCUGCCCGAUGACUCGCUUCGGCCGGGAAAGAGGGUCAAGGAAGGCUAG